UCGCGCCUACGUCCGCCAGGGGGCGCGCGACGGAGGUUCCGCGUGCGGGGAGAAGCGAGCGAUGCCAGCGGCAGUAGAGCGAAGGUGCGGCGACUUCUGCCAGGAGUCGCUUUGUGUUUAUGCAUUUCGCAGCAAAAGCAGGCGAGAUGAGGGUCAGGAAUCUUCUGGAAUUUGGCCGACGGUGCGGUUGUCGAGUUUGUGGGAGAAGUCCCAGUGUCACGGGGUGUGGCCCAGUCACGACCCCAAUUCAGGAGCGAGGAAGGCCUCCCCGCAGGUUCCCGGAGCUGCCCGCAGCAGGACCACGGUGGUUCGGGCGCCCGCCCUUCUGCUGGCGUCCCAGGCAGUGGUGGCUGGGCCGGGAGUCCUGCAGCCCUUACCUGGGAAGCCACCCAUGACCCGUUGUCUCCAUCCUCGCAUCCAGCCUGCUGCCAUUCCCAAGACUGGACGGACUAAACGUGGUGAGCCCUCCUUUUCAUCUAGAAAUAUGGCAGUGUUGAAGAAGUUAAAACUUCUUCUCUGGAAAAAUUUUAUCUUAAAGAAGCGGAAGACUCUGGUAACAGUCAUUGAACUCUUGAUGCCAUUACUAUUUUCUGCAAUUGUAUUGUAUCUUUGUUUCAACAGUGUGCCAAGAAAAAGACCUUCUACUAACUAUCGUGCAGUUGAUAUCAAUUUACUGCCAGAAUUCUUCCAUAAUUUUCCUUUGAAAAAUAAAUUUCAACUGGUUUAUAUUCCUUCCAAAAGUGAAACUUUGAAGGCUGUCAUUGAAAUGGUGGGACAAAGCUUUGAUGUUGAGUUUGAAGUUUUAGGCUAUUCUUCAGUGACUUUGUUUGAAAAUUACAUAAUCAAUGAUCCCAAAGCUUUCUACAUACUGGCAGGAAUUGUUUUUAACCAUAACUUCAGUGACAGCAAUGAACCUUUGCCACUUGCGGUUAACUAUCACUUGCGCUUCAGUUACAUUCAGAGGAAUUAUUUAUUUAAAACUAUAUUUUUUGACGAUAAUCUACAAGGCUGGUGCACAUCCUUUCUUUAUCCUCCUAACCCAAGCCAAGGACCCCGGGAAUUUGCCUAUGCUGAUGGGGGAAGCCCUGGAUACCACAAAGAAGGCUUCCUGGCCAUACAGCAUGCUGUAGAUAAAGCUAUCAUGUGGCACCAUGCUCACAAUGCGACAACCAACAUGUUUGAGAGUCUCAAUGUACUUGUGAAGAGAUUCCCAUAUGGACCCUAUAUCCAGGACAGGUUCUUUCUAGUCCUGCAGAAUGAGUUCUCUCUGCUCCUCAUGCUCAGCUUCAUCUGCAUCGAGCUCAACAUCAUCAAUUCCAUUGGACUGGAGAAAGAGAAAAGGCUGAAGGAGUACAUGUGCAUGAUGGGACUUGAAAGCUGGCUGCACUGGGCAGCUUGGUUUAUUGUGUUCUUCAUUUGUGUCUUCAUUGCUGUUUCUUUCAUGACCAUUAUCUUCUGCAUGGAGGUUGAAAAUGUGGCAGUGUUCAAGAAUAGUGACCCUAGUUUGAUAUUUGUUUUCCUCAUGUGUUUUGCUAUUGCCACAAUUUUCUUUGCCUUCAUGGUCAGCACAUUCUUCCAAAGAGCCCAUGCUGGAACUGCCUUAGGAGGCAUCAUUUUCUUCUUCACCUACCUCCCGUACCUGUACCUCAGUUUCAGCUAUACUCAGAGAAGCUUCUUUCAAAAAAUUAUCUCUUGUCUCUUUUCAAAUGUUGCCAUGGCAAUGGGAGUCCGACUUAUCUCCAUGUUUGAAGCAGAAGGCACAGGCAUCCAAUGGAGGAACAUGGGCAAUGUAAGCGGAGAGUUUAACUUCACUCAGGUACUGCUGAUGCUACUACUGGACUCUUUCUUAUAUGGCUUAGUGGCCUGGUAUGUGGAGUCCAUCUUCCCAGGAAAGUAUGGUACACCCAAGCCUUGGUACUUCUUUGCCCGAAAACCUAUACCUGCUACACCAUCACUGCUGAAUAUGAGGAAUCCUGUAAAAGCUCUGAAAAGUGAGUUUAUUCAGGAAGAGCCUACUGAUUUGAUCAAAGGAAUUGAAAUUCAGGAUCUGUACAAGGUGUUUCACAGAGGAAGGACUAAGCACAUAGCAGUCAAAGGUCUGACCAUGAAUCUAUACAGAGGACAGAUCACUGUUCUUCUGGGACAUAAUGGAGCAGGGAAGACCUCCACCUGCUUCAUGCUCACAGGUCUUAUUCCCCCUACCAGUGGACAUGCUUAUGUCAACGGAUAUGAAAUUUCACAAGACAUGUUUCACAUUAGGAAGAGCUUAGGCUGGUGCCCCCAACACGAUAUCUUAUUUGAAAACUUCACAGUAGCAGAACAUCUUUCUUUCUAUGCUCAGUUGAAAGGCUUAUCACACCAGAAGUGCCCUGAAGAAGUCAAGAAGAUGCUGCACAUCCUCAGACUGGAGGACAAGUGGGCCUCCCGGAGCAGGUUCCUGAGUGGGGGGAUGAAGCGCAAGCUCUCCAUCGGCAUCGCCCUCAUAGCAGGCUCCAAGGUGUUGAUACUGGAUGAGCCCACCUCAGGCAUGGACGCCAUCUCUAGAAGAGCCAUCUGGGACCUUCUUCAGCAGCAGAAAAGUGACCGCACCAUCCUGCUGACCACCCACUUCAUGGAGGAGGCUGACCUGCUGGGGGACCGCAUUGCCAUCAUGGCCAACGGGGAGCUGCAGUGCUGUGGGUCGUCACUGUUCCUCAAGCAGAAAUAUGGUGCAGGAUAUUAUGUGACUUUAUUGAAAAAACCUCAUUGUAACUCAGAGGAAAUUACUCAUCUGAUUUAUCAUCACAUACCAAAUGCAACUUUGGAAUCCAACAUUGGAGAAGAAUUAACAUUUAUACUUCCCAAAGACAGUGUACCCAGGUUUGAAUCUCUAUUUAUGGACUUGGAACUGAGGCAGACAGAGCUGGGCAUAGCCAGCUUUGGGGUUUCUGUCACCACCAUGGAGGAUGUCUUCAUUCGGGUUUGUAUAUUGGCGGAUGCCAGCACAACUAUCCCAAACAUCAAGCGUCCCUCCCUCCGUCCCCAGUCCCUGCUUACCAGAAUUCCUGUUGACAGAAUUAAACAUCUUCAUUCAAGGAUAUUCUCAGUAAGGACUGGUAUGCCAAUCAAACCAAACACUGGGUUCAGUCUUUUCUGCCAACAAUUCUAUGCCAUGUUUCUGAAAAAGGUUACAUAUUCUUGGCGAAACUGGAUGUUGAUAUUAUCCAUACAGAUCCUGGUGCCUAUGGUGAUCGUUAUAUUAAGCCUCAUGUUCUUCAACUUCAAAACCAGCAGCAUGAGGAAUGUCCCAUUGGAGCUUACCCUAAAAACAUAUGGUCAGACUGUUGUUCCAUUCUCCAUUUCUCAGAAUUCUAGGCUGGAUCCUCAACUUUCAGAAAGCUUUGCAAGUAUGCUCAUGGCUGAGGGACAGAUUCCUCUAGAAGUCCUGGGUUCUAUGGAUGAGUUCCUGUUGAAAAAGGCCAAAGAGGAGCCUGAGGGCUUUAAUAGACUCUACAUAGUGGCAGCAUCCUUUGAAGAUGUGGGAAAUCGCACUGUAGUAACAGCAUUGUUCAACAACCAGGUGUACCAUUCCCCUGCCCUGGCUCUGGCUUUGGUGGACAAUUUCCUUUUCAAGUUGCUUUCUGGUGCCAGGGCUUCCAUCAGCGUAUCCAACAACCCUCAACCUCAAUCAGCCUCGGAAGUCUCAGAGGAUAUCUUAUAUCAGGGCCCUAAAGGACAUUACCUUGUUAUCAACUUGCUUUUUGGAAUAGCUUUCCUGUCUAGUUCUUUUUCCAUCUUGAUUGUCAGAGAGAGAUGCCUCUCUGCCAAGCACAUCCAGUUGGUCAGUGGAGUUUAUGUGGCUACUUACUGGCUCUCUGCUCUACUGUGGGACCUCAUCUCCUUCCUCGUCCCCAGUCUGCUGCUGGUGGUGGUGUUUUUAUACUACAAUGAAGAAGCUUUCACACACAAUGGAAACAUGCUGGGUGUGGUCUUGAUGUUAAUGCUGUAUGGCUCAGCCAUUAUCCCCUGCAUCUACCUGGUCAGUUUCUCCUUUGACAAUGCGGGUAAUGCGUGUGUCAAGCUUGUCAUAAUGCUCACCUUCUUGAGCAUCUGCCCCUUUGUUCUCAUCUCCGUCACAGGUGAACAAGAGCUAGGCUACACAACAGUCGCAAAAUCCUUGGAUGAUACAUUCCUGAUACUUCCAGGCUACUGCCUGGGGAUGGCUUUCUCCAACUUGUAUUACAACUUUGAAUUACAGCAGUUGUGCAAGACCAAGAACCUGAACCAGAUCGAGUGCAAUGAAGUUUCAGAAGGAUAUGUGGUCCAAAAGAACAUCUAUGCCUGGGAGUCUCUAGGGAUGGGGAAGUACCUAACAGCCUUGGCUAUCUCAGGACCCAUGUAUAUGAUCCUGCUUUUCUUUAUCGAAACCAAUAUAUUCUGGAAACUGAAAACCGGGUUUGCUUACUUCUGCACAAAGAAAAAUUUGGCAGUGUUGCGCAAAGUAACACUAAUUCCUGAAGACCAAGAUGUGAAAGAAGAGGCAAAAACUAUCCAGACUUAUUUGAGAAAGUUGUAUGAGAAAAAUCCACUAGUUGUUAAAAAAAUGUCAAAGAUCUAUGUCAAGAAGGUACCCCUGCUGGCUGUGAAUGAAGUGUCCUUCACCGUGCAAGCACAAGAAUGCUUUGGCCUUCUUGGCCUCAAUGGAGCCGGGAAGUCUUCUGUUUUCAAAAUGCUUACUGGGGAGAAGCCCAUAACCUCUGGAGAUGCCUUUGUUAGGGGCAUCAGCAUCAAGUCUAACAUAGGGAAGGUGCGGCAGUGGAUUGGUUACUGUCCUCAGUUUGGUGGUCUGCUGAAUUUCAUGACAGGCCGUGAGAUGCUCAUAAUGUAUGCCCGGAUCCGGGGCAUCCCUGAGCGCCAUAUUAGUGCUUGUGUGGACCAGAUUCUUGAGGAUCUAGUCAUGGACAUGUAUGCUGAUAAGCUGGUAAAGACCUACAGUGGUGGUAACAAACGGAAGCUGAGCACUGGCAUUGCCCUGAUUGGAGAGCCUGCAGUCAUCUUCCUGGAUGAGCCAUCCACUGGCAUGGACCCUGUGGCCAGGCGCCUGCUCUGGAAUGCUGUGGCCCGGGCCCGUGAGUCUGGCAAGGCCAUUGUCAUCACGUCCCACAGCAUGGAAGAGUGUGAGGCCUUGUGCACCCGGCUGGCCAUCAUGGUGCAGGGGCAGUUCAAGUGCCUGGGUAGCACUCAGCACCUCAAGAGCAAGUUUGGCAGUGGCUACUCCCUGCGGGCCAAGGUCCAGAGUGAAGGGCAGCAGGAGGCGCUAGAGGAGUUCAAGGCUUUCGUGAACCUGACCUUCCCAGGCAGUGUCCUGGAAGAUGAACACCAAGGGAUGGUCCAAUACCACCUGCCUGGCUGUGACCUCAGCUGGGCAAAGGUGUUUGGCAUUCUGGAGCAAGCCAAGAAUAAGUACAGGUUGGACGACUACUCAGUCAGCCAGGUCUCCCUGGAAGACAUCUUCCUGAGUUUUGCCUGCCCUGUGCCUGUUGUCCAAGGAGAAGACCAACAAGGGCUCAUCUAUCCCUCUCUGAAUGUACACGACAGAAAGAACCAUGCCGUGCGGUUUCAGGGUCCAGGCUGGGCCGCGGACACAGAAGGGUCACCACGAAACGCUGGCCUUCGCCCUGACCUGCCCUACCUCCCCGCGCUGCAGCUUCUGGUCAGCCGGGAGGCGGGAAGCCGCGUGGGCUCCGCCAAUCAACGGCUAGUGUUCGAAUUCGCGUCCUGGCGCGGCCAAUCGCCGGGCGCGCGCAGCCGGAGGGGUGGGCGGGGCUGGGAUGGGACGGGCGGUGCCCCGCAGGCAGGCCAAUGGGAGCUCUGGGCACGUUUGAAAACUGGGGCGGGCAGAGGGCGGAGAGAGCCGGUGCCUGAGUGGGGCGGUGUUCAUUGGCCUGUACGCCGGCGCGCUUGCGGGAGGCGCGGGCGGCGGUGGAACUAG